CCAGACCGAACGAUCGGUGGCGCGCACACAUACACACCCCCAUACCCACACUUCCACACACACAACACGCACCGAUCACUUCUGAAAGGCCAGUGACUCAUACCCGGCAUACUCAAGUCCCGCAGAAGGCCACAGAGCAAAGCCUACAAGACUGUGAGCAGCGACACAGCAUUCCUUCAACAUGGUUCCGCUCCGGACACUCUGUACUCUGACGAAAUUCGAUCCCCGACCGAGCUUAUCAGAGGAUCGUUAUCACCUCGGAGCAAAUAUACUUUCUCCUGGUCUGCUCCGGUUUCAUCCCGCCAGGCGUAUCCGACAGUGUGAUAAGCAAUACUGCAGAAAGCCCCUAUUAUUGGCAGAUCCGUCUGUGAAGGUGUUUAUCAGUCAACCAAGCCCGAAGAUCCGUUUGGCCCGGGGUUGUCAUUCGGAUGAACAAUGGACGGCAAGCUAUUGCUUAGGUGUCCUGUCUGUUCUUCUGAUCGCCGUUGCAGCUAGCAAGGGUCGGGGAAUCUUCCAAUCACAUUGUCAGUGUUACGGUGUUAUCGACAUGGUGCGGGAAAAGCAAACAUACAAAAAGCAAUUUGCCUGUGACGUAUCUUCAUGGGUACAUCAGCAGGAUAGCAGACAGCAUGUAGUUCGGAAUGGUGCUGUGAGGGUGAAGAUGGUGUAGUAAAGAGUAAACUGGAGUGAGAGUUGACUCUGUAGUAACUCUCUUCUACAAAAGGGCUCCUCGUGACCACCCUGUGCCUGCCUAAUCGGG